CCGACCUGAACCGGUUGCAGACGAUAGAGCAGGAGGCAGCUGAAGACUUUCCUCUUUCUACCCGUUGAACUCUUCCCGACGUUGGGGGAGGUUAGGGAAGAGAAGACUCGUGAGGAAGGAUCUUGGAUUGAGGGAGAGAUAGCGAAGAAAUGGAUCAGAUAAUGAACAAGGUGGGAUCCUAUUGGAUCGGCAGGAGAGCGGACAAGGAGAUCUCCUCCGUCGGCGACGACAUCAACUCACUCUCUAGCAGCAUCGAAGGGGGAGCAAAAUGGUUGGUAAAUAAGUUCAAAGGAAAGAUGCAGAAACCACUAACUGAUCUGCUGAAGGAAUAUGAUUUGCCAAUAGGCCUUUUCCCUCAAGAUGCCACUCACUACGAGUUCAAUGAAGAGACAAGGAAGCUGACUGUGUUCAUACCUGAGGUAUGUGAGGUUGGCUACAGAGAUUCUUCGGUCUUGCGCUUUUCUACCACUGUGACAGGGUAUUUGGAGAAAGGAAAGCUUUCGGAUAUUGAGGGAAUCAAAACCAAAGUGCUGAUUUGGGCAAAGGUGACUUGCUUAUCCACUGAAGGUUCCAAAAUUCACUUCACAACUGGUGUUAAGAAAACCAGGAGCCGCAGUGCAUACGAGGUUCUUAGAGGUGGUAUUGUGGUGGAUAAAUUUUAGGUUAUGAUAUGGCUAUAUUGUCGUGUUGAUAACUUACCAUGCCCGAAAGAGAUUCCUGGUAUAUUUAAGAUAUCUCUCUAUCUACAUUGAUCUGGUUCUAUUUGUAAUUACUGGCGUGCAACUUAUCUAGUAUCUUUAUGGAUUGUGGUAAUUAGAAAUUAGAUUAUAUUGCUGUGUUCUUGGAAA